UUCCCCAUCCCUCCCACCCUCGGGCCGCGUGAGCUGCGCCAACUGGGAAAGGCGGCAGAUAUGAGGCCGCGCUGCGCGCCAGGCGAGUGCAGUUAUGAACCACGCGGUCGGUGAGCGAGGCUCGUCGCAGUCGGCACUGAGAGUAGGGGGGGGGGUGGUUAUAGCUUGACUCACUUCGGCUCUUCCCUUACAGCCUAGCACACACACACACGCGCACACUAGCCAGGAAACACCAAUUGUCGUUUCACCCACGCGGUUACUUCUGCUUAACGCUAGCAGCACGAGCAAGCAGUAUUGGUAGCUCCCCCCAUCACCACCACCACCCUCUUAAACCGCCUCUGUUCCACCGAACUGAAGAUUGUCUACAGAGGGCAAGAUCUGCCGGAAGACGGCCAGUGCCGAAGACUUCCUCUGCGCUUCAUUCCGGUGUUGACUUCCAGACAGCAGCAGCAUCAUCAUUAUCGGCGGCAGUAGUGGUAGUGGCAUCAGCGACGCAACAGCAGAGUUUUCGUGUUGAGAGCGGUUUAGUAGUGGCAGCGCCUGGAGUAGUCGAAGUUACUCCGGAGUUAUUUUUCUCAGCGACUUUAAAACAAACAAAUUAUUUUUUUUAGUAUUCCGCGACGCUACGCUUGCCCGACCCACUCGCCGGAGCCGAGAGGACAUCGAGAAGCAUGGACACGAAUCAUCCAGGAGGAGGAGGAGGCGGAGGAGGAGGAGGGGUCAUCUCGUACGCGGGCUCCAUGGGCUCCAGCCCCAGCCCCAUGUCGUGCCACAGCGACAGCAGCGAGAGCGGCUUCGGCUCCGGCUCCCAGUCGCCGCUCUCGUCCUCCCUCUCCGCGUCCCCUCCGCCCGUCGGCGGCCCUCCGGGAUUCCGCCCGGGGUCGCCGGGCCGGGGCGACGCGGAGGGGUCGUGCGGCGCCGGUCGCGGCUCGAUCUACGUGACCUCGCUGCCCGCGAGACAGGACACGGUGCUGCAGGACCACCUGUACUGCCCGCCGGCCGGCGCCUCGCCCGGCUCCGUCGGCAUCAGCCUCGGCGGCGGCGGCGGCGGCGCCGUCGUCACGCACUCGCCUACCUCGUCGCUGGCGCUCGGCCCCACGCACCGCGGCGCCCGGGGCAGCGCCGGCAAGCUCAAGUCCGGCUCCAUCGGGAGCAUUGCCACAAUCAACGGCGUUGUGCUGCUUUGCAAAGUGUGCGGAGACGCCGCGUCCGGGUUCCACUACGGCGUACACGCCUGCGAGGGCUGCAAGGGAUUCUUCCGACGCAGCAUCCAGCAAAACAUCAAGUACAAGCCGUGCCUCAAGAACGAGACCUGCCCCAUCGUGCGGGCAAAUCGCAACCGCUGCCAGCACUGCCGCUUCAAGAAGUGCCUGUCCGUCGGCAUGUCCAAAGACGCCGUGCGAUUCGGACGCAUCCCAAAGCGCGAGAAGCUGCGCCUGAUGGAGGAAGUCCAGAACGCCCUCAACUCCGCAUCCUCGUCCGUCAUGGUCAGCCAGGCGAUAGCUCGGCCAGCGGACGGCGGCCAGCAGCAGCAGCAGGAGCAGCAGCAGCUGCUGACGGUCGACAACAUGGAGUGGAGCAGCGUGGGGCAGGCGGAGGCCGAGGCCAGCAGGGCGCGCAAGCCGUCCGAGUCGAUGCAGGCGAGCCCGGAUGGCGGGCGGCCCCGCAGCCAGCCCGGAAGCCCCCUCAAGAUUAAAGAGGAAGAAGCGGCUCAGAGGGUCGGCGCCGCACACUCGGACGUCUUCCGGCAGCGCCGCCCCGAGGUUCCUUUGGGGCAGUCGAACGUCGUCGGCGACCCCAAGCGGGUUCAGAACUUCGCUUCGGCGCCGGGGGGGAGCCUGGCGGCAGACGCCAUGCAAGGCCCCGCUUUCGCCGGGCUCUCGGACAGCGUGGCCGCGCACGCCAUCCUGGGCGCGAGGCAGGAGGCCGAGAUGGCGCGCGCCGCGUGGAGCGCGCAGGACAACAACAACGGCGGCCAGCGCUACGGGCUGCCGGACAACGGCCGGGGAGAGAGGGCCGCCGCCCAAGCCAGCCUCUUUCGCCAGCGGUGCGACUCGCCGGCGGGCGUCAACGGCAACCGCGCCGGCUUCAUCGACAGCGGGCACGAGAGAGCGCGCUACGCGGGCGGGUGCUCCGCGGGCGCCCACGGGGGCGCGUACCCGGGCGAGGACAACGCCGGGCGCUUCCACGCGGCGCAGCCUCAGGCGAUCUCCGGCCAGCACGGCCAAUACGGCCGGCACGACUACGGCUACGGCCAAGUCUCGGUGUGCCCCAUGGGACAGGGGCACGAGCAGGCGCCGCAGAUGUCCGGCGGCGUGCGGCAUUGGCCCGAGGAGCGAGAGGAGACGUCGUCGUCCUCGGGAGCGCGAAGCUGCCCCUGGAGUGGACCGCAGAGCAGAAAGCUGGCGUGCCCCCUGAACAGCGGCCCGUUUGGCCGCCCCGACGCCAGCGGGGGCGAGGUGUGGGAGGACUUUUCCCGUUGCUUCACGCCGGCCGUCAAAGAGGUUGUGGAGUUCGCUCGGAGCAUCCCCGGCUUCCUGAGCCUCUCGCAGCAGGACCAGGUCGCCCUGCUCAAGGCCGGCACAUUCGAGGUGCUCGUGGUGCGCUUCUCCUCGCUGUUCGACGCGCGCGACAGGACCGUGCAGUUUGCGGGCGGGCGCGUCUAUCGCUUGGAGGAGCUGCGAGCCCUCGGCAUGGGCGAGCUCCUGCACGCCAUGUUCGACUUUGCCGAGAAGCUGGUGUCCCUGCGGCUCACCACCGAGGAGAUGGGCCUCUUCAGUGCCGUCGUGCUGGUCUCCGCCGAUCGCUCCGGCAUCGAGGAUGUGGGGACGGUCGAGCGCCUACAGGAGGCCCUCAUCUCAGACCUGAGGGACCUGGUCUCCAGGAACCACCAGGACGGCGCGACGCUCUACACCAGGCUCCUCUUGCGCCUGCCUGACCUGCGCACGCUCAACAACCUCCACUCGGAGAAGCUGCUCGCCUUCCGCAUCGACGCGUGAGCGAGCGCUUUCGACGGCGGCCGAUGCGCAGAAAGAUUAACAGAGUGCGUGAGGGCGACUUUAUUUAUUGGACGUUUUCGCCCGUUGUUCGUCGUCAGUACGAUGAGCACUUUACUAAGACGAAACGACAGCAACAAAAACACUUGAAUAGCAUCCGUAGACUGCCCUAAAAAGACUCGAGGAUGACGACGACGACGACGACGACAAGCCUUAUAGAAUGGCUCCUAAAUGUAACGUAAGAUCCAAACGCACGUGCAAUUUGCUUCCAAUGAUGGCGCGUGCGUUUUUUUUCUUUCGUGAACUUAUCGACAAAGGUUAACGAGGAGGGUAUCACGACAACUAAAGCUUCCUGUACAUUUGUUUGCUCCGCUCGCAAAAGGCGUGCGAGCGGAGCCAGUUUGGUUGCGGUGCGCGGACACUCCGCCACCGGGGGACGACGUGGCGCCAGGCGAGGGCUGGCGUCUCUCCCUCUCACAGCAAGGGCUUUCGGUGCAACGGACACAGCUGCACUCUGCGACCACGUGUAAAUUAUGUUAGCAGUCUUUUUUUUGUUUACGUAGCGUUUUACGAAAUGGCAGGUUUGUGUUUUUUUGGUUCGUUUGUCCCUCUCGUUUUCUCCCGCAUCGCGAUAAUCACUGACUGGGCGUCGCCGUAAACCCGAGUGAUUUUUUUUGCUCUCGUGGCGUUCACAAUUUAUGACCGGAGCACGAUUUGUGCGUAUCCUUCUGUGCUUCCUACUCCGAGUAAACCGGCCCAAUAAAGUUUUGCUGUACCAGUGAUCAAAAAAAUGUUUCCGGGCCACGUCGAUAAACGGUAAUGACAUCCUCCUCGUGUGUGUGUGUGCGCGCGUGUGUGUAUAUAUACUGUACAAAUAUCCCCGCGUUCUUGCGUUAUAGGAAAGCAAACGACACGCACGCUUUUGUUUAAUCGCAAACAAGCCGGCAGCAAAGCGGCGGCCGUGAAAAAGAAUGUUCGUCAACGCCUUUGUAAACAUUUUUUUUACAUCUGUCUUUGGUUUCUUUUGCGUUCAGCCUGCCUUGACGCUCAACCGUCAGUGAGAGAGUGAAUUGGGAAUAACAGACACCCGAUUUGAAGGCAUUGCAAAUGCUCUCACGCGUAGAUGUCUAUCUUGUCGUGGGUUUGUUGAUAAUUUAAAUCGCAUCAGACGUACGCACAGACGCGGGCUGCGGUAACUUCUGCGCGAUGCAUUGACCGCUAACAAGGAAAGCUUCAGGCACUUAGGGUGGCAUUGUAUAGCAGUGCAAAAGUGCGAUCAUUUCCAGUUUUUUUCACUUUGUCCCCCUUUAUGUGGGGGAGUUUUUAUUUUCUUUGUAACUUAAGCGUGCACGUGUGAGCAAGCGAGCGAGCUUUCUCGAGUGUUUAUACGAGUCAUGGCAUUGACGUUUCAUGAACCCCCAAUGUAUUUGUGUCAACUUUUCAACCGUAGUUUUAUUUGUUAUUAUUAGCUGCUAGAACUUAUUUAAAACGAGCAUUAAAUUAACACGAUUUUUUUGGUUGUUGUUGCGAGAAUUAUUUAGUGUUUUUUUUUGUAUCGUAAACAUUGCCAUAUUUAAUUUUUCUUUCGUCAUGUCAAGUAAAAUGCGUUCAAUGAUCGCAUGUCCCCUACAUUUACACAAAGUGUCCCUACAUUUGCACCUGUGAGACGGAAUCAACGCGGCACUUAAUGCAAAGGAACACGAUAGCCACCACCACCACCACCAAAACCAAUGUACAGGCCAAUGAGAUAUAUUCAACGAUGUUUUUCAAUCUUUGCAGCUAGCUAUGAUGGCCCUGUAACUGGUGCUAACUCACGCCUCAAGCGGCGAGCACCGUCGUCUGGAGACCACCUUGCAAUUGCACGGCUUUUUUUGUCUAAAUAUAUUUUGUGACAUGGGUCUGAUCCAUUUAUAGAGACAUUGCAAGAGGAUAAUAUUUAUUUCCAAAGCUUCUGCACGUCUUCCUCCCCCCAUCCCAGUGCACUCAUUAAUCCAAAACACUCACCGCCGUCGCUCAGUGCACACCUCUGUAAAGACACGGAGCCAUGGCAAAUAUUCCGUCGUUAGAAAUCAAUUGGGCAUCUGUAAAUGGAUCUCAUCCUGUUAUAAUACCAAUUCUGUUUGUGCGGUUCAAUGUAUUGCUGCGCUUUUCGGCUCACGGCGGACUACGCGAUGAUUCGCCAUCACAACAACACUGAUGUCAAUAAUCCACUACGUGUGGGCGUCAUGAGUGGGCUCACUCACCCAAAUGCGUGUCUGUGUACAUAUUGCGGAGGUGUAAUUCUGCUGUUUGUGUAAUUAAAUAAAUUAGGCUUUGCACGUUCUCCGAAAAAAAGACUUUACAUUAUCACUUAAAUAUAUGCUCUUUCUCAUGGUGCAAUCUGAUUUUUUCAAAUACUUAUGUAAUCCGUAUGUUCUGUGUGUGUGUGCUUCACAUGAGACAUAUCUGUGUAUGAUAUCGGUAUAUGUGGAUUAUUGGUUUGUGGGAAGGAAACAAACUGUGGGGGGGGGGCCGGUGGGGGGGGGGGGGAGGUCGCAAUCAACAAAAACAGAACAAGAGGGCGUAUUAAAUACAAGAAUAGAAUGUAUUCCGCAAUUGUGACUGAUUCGGUGCCUACACCAAAUGAAUGUUUCAGAAAGAUGUAUAAUAUAUAGGCAAAGAGAGAUAUAUUGUAAACGAGAGAGCACUUGUUUGGUAGUAGAAGAAUAAGGAGAAGAAGAAGACGAAAAACAAAACGAUUACAAAAACUCACAAAUGGAUCUUACAUUGGUUCGACGAGUGUAUGCAAGGAAUAUGUGCAUACGAGUUGUGGUGUAUACGUUUUUAUUGACGGCUGUCAGUCACUUCCACCAACCAACGCUGAUUGGGCAUUGUCCACGUUUUCCUUUGAUUGAGGAAAAUAAUUGAAUGUGUUGUGGGGGGGCGGGCGGCGUGGAGGGAGGCUCGGAUUUGGUUGUUGCUGUUAAGCUGCUUGGAUACUGUAACAUACAUUUUGCCAGUGUGUCCACAUGCUCGGAAUUACCAUUUACAUUGUCCCGUCUUCAUCCUUGUGUCCACCGCAACUGUUGCUGGUUAUGCAUUCCCUGCCCAAUAAACGUGCCGUUGUUAAAAUUA